AUACUAAAAAUUUAAUUUAAUAAAAUAAUACUAAAUAUGAUGCGAUUCGCAAUUGCCUUGAUGUGUGUUUUCCUUGCGAAGGAAUCGGCAGGACACGGCAUGCUCUUGGAUCCGCCGAACAGGAGUUCUCUAUGGCGUUUCGACGACGAAGCCCCGAUUAAUUAUAAUGACAACGAAAACUUCUGCGGCGGAGCCAACGUUCAAUGGCAGGAAAACGGCGGUAAAUGCGGAGUGUGCGGCGACAAUUACAGGGAUCCUCAUCCUCAGAAGAACGAAAAUACCGGACUGUACGGACAGGGAAAGAUCGUGGCCAAUUACACAUCCGGCGAAAUCAUCGAGACCUACAGUCUACUGACCGCCAACCAUUUGGGUCAUUUCGAAUUCGACUUAUGCGUAUUGGAGGAUGUGAACGCAAUCGAACCAGGAGACGAUUGUUUCAUUCCACUCAGGUUCGUCAAUAGGGAAUACAAAUUCCCAAUCACCAAAGACGAUUACCAAGUUAUAAACAGGCUGCAACUUCCUGAAGGAUUCGAGUGCGAACAUUGCGUUCUGAGGUGGAUCUACGUCGGAGGAAACAAUUGGGGUCUAUGCGAGGACGGCAGUUACGCUUUGGGAUGCGGACCUCAAGAAUCCUUCCGCUCCUGCGCCGACAUCAGCAUCCUGUAAAAAAGUGUAUUAAUUGUUAAGAUUCGUUUGUUAAUUCUGUUUAUCUAUUCAAAUUAGUUAAUAAAAAAUAACCGCAUUGAACUUA